AUUGACUAAACGUUUGAAUGGAGAUCUGAAUCAAACCAAACCACUCCAGUUAAACAAUUGUUCGAAGAAAACUCACUUUUCCACCAUCAAAAUGGGUAAUACAGUACUAUCGCAAGCUUUCCCGAGCUAUUUCAAGAUUUUCCAAAUCCUGUUGGUUUUCUCAGCAGUCGAUACCUGUUUCGCCAACAUCAGGAUUGGAUUUGGCAUCGAUGUGUUCAAGUAUUGGGGAGAUCUGGGUAGUUACUUUAAUGACGAUCACAAGCAGGUCUUGUCGCCUGUCUUCAAGAAACCUUAUGCCGUUAAAAGGCAUUUGGAGUUGGAAGAUAAAACCGUGAUCAGAGGAGCUUUCCAGAUAGAGCUAUGCCGUGAUGUGCCCCAGCUCUUGGAGGCUUUCUUUAGACCUUACAUUGUAGAGAGGUCAUCAAAGUCAUGGAAAAUAUUCUCUUCAAAUUGGAGCAAAUCCCGUAUAUCAGCCACAAUGGGAGUGAAUUCGACCUACUUGACAAGUCAGUACGGCUUUGCCUACAUCAGGAUAUCCAGAUACCAGGAGGCGUUCACUCUGGACCCAACCAUUAGACGUAAGAAGGAUCUGUUGCCUCAUGUGGCCGUCAAUACAUACACAGUCAUGUCUAAGGACUCGAAAAGUGUGAUGGACUUCUUCACCAAUACUGGUUCACACUAUAUUCAGUCCUAUGUGACUGGGGAUGCUCUCUAUCAGGUGUUCGUGUUCUCAGUGCCGAAUUUCCUGAUAAUCCAAGACGAAUUCCGCAUUCACGGGCCGAAAAACAUAUCAGCGGACACUCUAUCCAAGUACAUGUCACCCUACUACGCUGAAAACGUGGGCGAUAUCAUGGUAGCCAGCGGCAACCCAGCCCUCAAAUCAUGGGCAUCCAAACACUUUCUGAUGCAAAUUUCAUUCCUCACCUAUCCCAGCCUAGUCAAACUACAAAUAAUGCCUGGAUUAGCCGGCAAAAUGGACCCACUGCUAGGGAAUAAAACUGUUCUACAACUCGAAUUGAAAAGUUUGGAGUUCGCUUUUAGGGACCCCAAAAAGAAACGAUGGUACCAGAGAUCGCUGGAUAAUUAUUUGAAGCUUUGGGAGGAGAAUGGAUGAACUUUCAAGUAGUAUUUGAGAGGGAAAAGAUUUUCGACGUUGAUUUUGUUGUCAGAUCAAACGGGUAAUGAGGAAGAUUGUGGUAUCUCAACUGAUAACACAUGCUAAACUUAGGCUGUGAUACUAGCAUGCUAUUCUGCUAGACACAUGUUAGGACCUGCCAACUAUAUGUGAGGAAUGUUUCAUUGGUAAUCAUAUAAUUCUUCUUGCACUUAAUACCAACUGAGUAGAAUUAAAUGUGAUGUUGUUUUUGAAUGAAUAUAGAGACUUCUUUAAUGGAGAGUGGGAUUUGUGGUACUGUAUUUAAAAUACUUUUUGUGUAGUUGAGAAGUUGAUAUUGUG